AGUGCCGAGUGUCACAGCCAAAACAAACCGUGCACAUGGAUCUCGGGUGAUAUAAUAGUGUUAAUAAUAGUGUUAAUAAUAGUGUUAAUGAGAAAAACAUCAAUGGACCGAGUGAGAUGAGAGAGUGACGUCACGAGCCGCGAGUCUCUGCCACAGUCCUUUUAAACAUGAUGGGCUCUGCUGUGCUGUAAGAGGACGUCAUGCUGCAGCUCCCUCUGGUGGUGACGGCGCAGGUGGACGUGGUUCUGCUCCUCGUGUCUGUCCUCGCUCUGUGGACCAGGCUGAGCCGACUCAGUUAUCCCAACUCUGUGGUGUUUGAUGAAGUGUACUAUGGUCAGUUUGUGUCUCUCUACAUGAAGAGGGUUUUCUUCAUCGACGACAGUGGUCCUCCGCUUGGUCACAUGAUUCUAGCGGCUGGAGCGUAUCUUGGAGGUUUCGAUGGCAAUUUUGUGUGGAACAGAAUUGGGGCCGAGUACCCGGACAGUGUGAGUGUGUGGAGUUUGCGGGUGCUCCCUGCUCUCUGUGGGGCCCUCAGUGUUCCUCUGGUCUACAGUCUGUCUCUGGAGCUGGGCCUGUCUUACAUAUCGGCUCUAGGGGGCGCACUGCUCUUUUUACUGGAGAACGCGCUCAUCGUGCAGUCACGCUUCAUGCUGCUGGAGUCUGUGCUCAUCUUCUUCACACUCUUGGCCUUGUUUUGUUACCUGCGCUUCCACAACACGCAACACAGUUCGUGGUUCAGUUACUUCUGGCUACUUCUGUCUGGAGCCUCCAUCGCCGCAGCAGUGGGGGUCAAGUACAUGGGUCUGCUGUCGUACCUGUUGCUGUUGGGCGUGGCCUCUGUGCACACCUGGAACCUGAUUGGAGACCGCUCCUUAAGUCAUCUGAGCGUCUGCGUUCACGCCGUCUGUCGACUCAUGUGUUUGGUUCUGGUCCCGGUCCUUCUUUACGUGUUCUGGUUCUACAUCCACCUCAGCCUCCUCCACCGCAGCGGACCUCACGACCAGCUCAUGAGCUCCGCUUUCCAGGCGACUCUGGAGGGGGGCCUCUCUAGGAUCACCCAGGGGCAGCCUCUUGAAGUGGCGUAUGGGAGUCAGGUGACUCUGAGGAGCUCCGCCUCCAACCCUGUGCCCUGCUGGCUUCACUCACAUAAGGCCAACUACCCAAUCAGGUAUGAAAAUGGGCGGGGCAGCUCUCACCAGCAGCAGGUCACCUGUUAUCCUUUCAAAGACGUCAACAACUGGUGGAUUAUUAAAGACCCGCUCAGGCAGGAGCUGGCGGUGGGGACUCCUCCGAGGCCCGUUCGCCACGGAGACGUCGUCCAGCUCGUCCACGGAAUGACAUCACGUUUUCUGAACAGUCAUGACGUUGCUGCUCCGAUGAGCCCUCACGCUCAGGAGGUCUCCGGUUACAUAAACUAUAACGUGUCCAUGGCCCCGCAGAACAUGUGGACAGUGGAAAUAAGUGACCGGGAGUCGGACACUGAGGUGUGGAAGACCAUUCUGUCCGAGGUACGGCUGGUGCAUCUCAACACAUCAGCCGUGCUCAAGCUGAGCGGAGCGUCUCUGCCGGACUGGGGCUUCCAUCAGUUGGAGGUCAUCGCAGAGCGGCUGUUCUCUGGUCACAGCAGCGGUCAGAGCUGGACUGUGGAGGAGCAUCGAUACGGAACCAGUCAGGAGCAGAGGGAGCGGGAGCUGGAGCUGCACUCACCCACGCACAUCGACGUCACCAGAAAAAUCUCUCUGUGGGCAAAGUUUGUUGAGCUUCAGUGGAAGAUGCUCAACGCCAAACAGGAAAACUCCGAACACAAAUACAGCUCGACUCCAUCCGAGUGGCUCACCCUGGAGACCAACAUCGCGUACUGGCUGCACUCCUCCACAAAUGCUCAGAUCCACCUCAUUGGGAAUCCUGUGUCUUGGGCUAUAGCCAAUAUGAGCCUGGUGGCCUAUCAACUGCUGGCAGUCAUCCACCUGCUUCGGAGGAGGCGGGGCUUCAAGGACAUACCUGACGACGUUUGGAGGCGGUUCGUCUUUCUUGGCGCCGUUUGUGUCGGUGGAUGGUCUGUGAACUUUGUUCCUUUCCUCCUGAUGGAGAAGACUCUGUUUCUGUAUCAUUACCUCCCGGCGCUGUGCCACCUGCACCUGUUAACCCCCGCUGUGCUGGAGCACAUCCACUCUCACCUGCUCAGUGGUGCAGCUCAGCGACGUGCCAUGGCUGUGUGUGUGUUGGCGUUGGCAGUGUCGGUAGUGUUGUCCUAUCAAAACUUUUGCCCUUUGACCUAUGGGAGCCCGCAGCUGUCGGCCUCUGAGCUGCAGAGGCUCAAGUGGAGAGAAUCCUGGGACAUUUUGUAUCGUCGUCAUUAGACUUUUGUUUCUACUCAAUAAAACAGACUUUUAUUCACUUCUAUCUGUUAACGUUGUUCUGUUGAAAUGGACUUGGCUCAUCUGGUCUGUGAGCUGAGGCGACUUCUGAAUUCUGAACUCCAGCUCUUGCAGAACAUAGUUUUGUGUUAUUUUAAAAUUAAGGUAAAAAAAUAUUUUGCUUCAUAAAAAUAAUAAAUAUUUGUACAGGGGAUAAUUUUUUACCUAAUCUUUUUCUGAACCAAACAGUGGUGUUGGUUCAAACGCAGGUGUGUGUUUUGUGUUGUUUUUGUGCUGUGAUCACAGACUGUAAAUAUAAACCCUAAACCUUCUUUACACUGUGCUCACACAGUGAGGUCUUUGUAAAGUAAAGUGUGAUCAGUAGAACUGAGUCUGACCCAAUAAAACACUCGAUCCCACG